AUGUACUGGCCGCUUGGGACACCGCGAAUUUAUGCUACGAGCAGCUCCCGCCAGCCGGACUCUAUCCGGGUAAUAUCGCACGAUGGCCUCCCUAGCACGCCCGGGCGUCCUAAGCAGAGAUUCGACAAUGCUUCGCUCCUCUCUCCAAACUCCGCUGUCCUCCAAGACGGUCCGGGUACCUCGUCCGCAGGUCCCUCGACAAACCCCAUCACUCCGGUGACACCGAUUACCCCCUUGACCCCUGGCAUCAAACCCGUCGAACACGACUACCUUGACGAAAAUAGCCCCGUUCAUUCGCCAGGGAUCGCUCCUCCUCCCAUACCUUUACAGGAGCCCAUCCUAGCUCUACGCGUAGCUCGCGCUGGCCAUAUCUUUGCCGUUAUCACGGCGACAUCCAUAGUCAUUUGGCAAACAAAGCCAACCGUCGUCCUCGCUGUCGUUGUCCGUUCCGAAGCUUCUCUCGAGACCUACGGCACCAACACCAACCUGCUUAUCCGACCGGACUCAGCCAUCCUUGUCCUCCACACGAGCUUGGGCUAUCUGAUAACAUACUCACUCGCCACGGACCCCGAAGCCCGGAUUUACCGACCACACUUUGCCAACCACACCAAUGUCCAACGAAGACGCCAAAACCAUAUCGGGGAUCCCGGCCACGCUGCCCCCGAUCAAAUACUCUGGGGUCCGGGCGAGGGGCCCGGGGUGCGGGAUGUCAGUGUUCGCUUCCGGAUGGUGAUUAAGGUGGAUGCGGGGAUUGAAAGCGCUUUGGCCCUCGAUGACGAGCUGGUUGUGGCGACACGCAAACCCGCCGCCGUCCAGUGCAUCCGCUGGGCGCCCGAUAACUCAGGAAGCCAGACAAGCACCGAACUGUUGAGCCGCAUGAGCUGGCUGGAGAAAAAGGUCACAGUCAAGGAAAUGACUCACGAUAGGCCCAUGAGCCUCUCAACGUGGAUCACGAGCGAUGGAAGGGCGUACGCAAUGCAGCGACUGUCCUCUGCCCAGCAAGAAAGCGGCUCGAACGAGCCUACUGACACCAAGAAAUUAUUCAAAGGAUACUGUUUCCACAUACCCCAGAAUGACGGGGACCAUGCUGUUAGGUGUGUGAUCAAUGCGAGGUUUUCGCUCAUUGCGGUUGGGUGUACCGAUGGAAGCGUUCGCGUUUACUCGGCGAGGGACUACUCCGGUAACAUUCCCGCAUCUCACGUUCACAACGUCCAGGCGUCUGCCGCCACGUCCGGCAAACUCACCGCGCUCAAUUACUCCCCCGAUGGGUACUGCCUGUUCGCCGGGUUUGAGAAGGGCUGGUCAACCUGGAGCGUCUAUGGAAAACCAUUGAGCAGCACUUUCCAAGCCGACCUCGCCAUCUCCUCUACAAACGGAGAAGAAUGGCUCUCGGGUGUGCUGGAUGCCGCCUGGAUCGGAGGGUCUUGCGACCUUCUCCUGGCUAGCAGGUCCCAUGAGGCUGUGUGGCUACUGGAAAUGGCGCGGAGCGCGGUAACGGGGUGCUACAACCCAGCAAACCUAUUCCGAACUGUGCUUCAGAGCACCUCCAGUGUCCUGGUGUACCGGGGCUACGAUUUACCAGAUCUCACAUCCAUCUCGGCCGAGCCCUCCCUUUGGCACACGAGCCGGAUCCCCGCCACCUACCUGCUGAACCAGUGGCCCAUCAGGUGUACAGCCAUUUCCGCCGACGGCCGCUAUUUCGCCGUGGCAGGCAGGCGGGGCCUGGCUCAUUACAGCGUCAACAGCGGCCGCUGGAAGACCUUUGCGAACGAAGGCAUAGAGAACGAGUUCCAAGUCAGAGGGGGCAUGUGUUGGUACCAAAACAUCCUCGUCGCCGCUGUGGAAGCCAAUAGGUCCUUCGAGCUGCGUCUUUACUCCCGCGAGUCAGCGCUCGACGGUACUGUGGCGUACACGCAACAAAUGGCGACACCUGUUGUCUUGAUCACCUCCACUGGCGAGGACUCCCUGCUGGUCUACACCUACGACAACCUCCUCUAUCAUUACAUUUUUGCCCCAAUGUCCGGCUCAAUCAAGUUGAUUGAGGUCGGUCACAUAGCCUUCCACGGUAUCGUAAGAUCACCCGCAAGAGUAAGGGGCCUGAGCUGGAUCCUACCCGACCACCAGCUCCACGAGGGGGAUCCAACUCAGGAUGUAGCGCAUGCAUCUGUCCUGUUUCUGGUGGACGGGAAGCUGGUCCUUUUGCGCCCUUCGGUCAGCGACGGCAAUCUGAAAUACGACAUGCGCGUCAUUGCUCACAAUGUUGAGUAUUAUCUCAGCAUGAGGGACCGUCCGCAUACACUCGAGACCACACCACAGCGGCUCGUUCAGGAAGCCAAUGGCGCGGGAGGCAAGGGUCUUGGAGACUCCCUAUGGUUGUUUGAUGGCAACGAGCUGAAGGCGUGGCCAGAUAUGGACCCCGUCAUGAAGGCGAUAUCGGGGGAGCUUCCACGAGAACUGCCCGGCAUGGUCCCUAUCCCUCUCGACUUCUAUCCACUCUCGGUCCUGCUUCCGAAAGCCAUCGUACUCGGCGUUGAGCCGGACCUCAUUCAACGCCGCGAUAUCAGCUUCUCCUUCUUUCGCUUCUCCAUUCGAACCCACCUUUUCUUUCCCGACAUCCUACGGUUUUACCUCACCGCGAACAGGGCUACCGAGGCAUUGCAACUAGCGCAACAAUACGAGGAUUUGGAAUAUUUUGCCCAUGGCCUCGAGAUCCUCCUACAUCAUGUACUAGACGAGGAGGUAGAUGCAAAUCCCACCCCCGCGCCCGAGCACGCCAUUCUCCCGCGCGUACUCUCACUCCUCUCGUCUUUCCGACAAUAUCUUGAUAUCGUGGUUCAGUGCACACGCAAGACCGAGGUACGCUCCUGGCGCACCCUCUUCGCAUACCUGCCCCCGCCACAGGAGCUAUUCGAGGAAAGCCUACAACGCGGUAGUCUAAAGACGGCAGGAGGCUAUCUCCUAAUUCUCCACACAUUCGAUGAGUUAGCCACGGCCAGCGAGCAAAGCGUACGGUUGCUGAGCCGUGCUAUGCGCGAGGAAGAUUGGGAUCUGUGCAAAGAGCUUGCGCGGUUCUUGGCGGCGCUUGACGAAACCGGCGAUACGCUGCGGGAAGCAAUGGAGAUGGUGAAUGCCCGCAUGAGCCAGGGGCACGACGCUGAUGAAGGGUCCGUAAGGAAUGGUUUCAUGACCAGGCUUGAGAUUCCAUCUGCCGGAAUCUACCCCUCGCUAGGCGGCUCAACUGGGGCCGGCCUUGGACGGAUAACGGGGAGCGAUUCGGAAGCAGAAGGCCGCUCUGCCAGUGACGCGGGAUCCUUCAUCAGCAACGCCUAA